AUUAUUUCCAGGAGUACAUUUUUAAGCCCUUGUUUUGUUUAAGGUUUUUGCCAUGUCCUCCUUGGAUUCUUCAGUUCCUUUAUUAGUUUCAUCCAAGUGCAGUUUUCCAGUGCAAGUGAGGGGGGAAGCUCAGUGUUUUUGGAGAAGAGUCAAUAGUGAGGAUGCUGAAGAGCUCCAGUGCAACAGUGCACAACAGAAUUACUAUGACCUGAGUGAUACCAAUGAUGAUUGCUUGGAAUCUAAUGAAUGGAUUCCACCUGACUCUGACAAGGUUCAAAAAAUAAUCUCCCAAGUUGAAUUUUACCUGUCUGAGAAUUUGGCAUCAAAUUGUUUUCUGCUAAAGCACAUGAAGAGGAAUAAAUUAGGUUACAUCAGCAUCAAACUUCUCACCUCCCUCAAAAAGGUUAAGUGUUUCACUAAGGAUUGGAAGGUAACUGCUUAUGCUCUGAAUUAUUCUAAUUUGCUGGAAAUAAAUCAAGAAGGAACAAAGGUUCGGCGAAGAAACCCUGUACCAGAGACCCUUCUGAAAAUGCCACCAAGUAAAAGUAUAUUGGCAUGGAACUCACAGGAUUCUCCAGAGAAUAGUGGUGAAAAACAUGCCCAAAUAAAUGUUAUGGAAAUGGCAAUAAAAAUUCUUUCUAUUUAUGGCUCGAUCAGUUCAAUCCACCUCUUGCAGCCAGGUAAGGAAAUUCCUGCUGAAUUGAAAAAAUAUACAUUGAAAUAUCCUGAGGUUGGAAGUCAAGUUUGUGUUUUGAUUGAAUAUGAAAACCAUGAAGGAGCUAGAAAGGCCUAUGAAGAACUUGGCCAAAGACACUGCUGUAAUGGUGAGAAUCUAAAGGUUGUCAUACUAACAAGAAAGGUGCCAAAAAAAAUCAUUGGUUUAGAUACAGAAGAAUUAGAGGACUUGAAAUCAAACUAUAAAAAUCCUUCAAGAUGACCAACAAAGAAAGGGCAGUUUCAAUCUUCUAUGGAAGAGUCUUUGUAUAGUUCUUCUGAAUCUGAUGGUGCUACUUCACCUACCUUUGUCCAGAGGUAUCUGCAGCACCAAGUAUGUGAUGUCUAUGACUGCAAUAGUCAAAAGUUGAGUCCAUGCAUGGCUUCAAGGUCCCAAUCAUGGAGUGACCAUUACAGUCCAUGCCUUCCUCAUGGAAGUCUAGCUUAUCAUAAUCCAUCACCCCUAACAGAUUUUGUUGGGCAAGGGUUUUGGUCAAAUUCCAAAACGAAUCUAGAGCUUACUAAAAAAAAUUCCAUGACUCCUCAUCUGAUAGUGGGAGUUGUUCUGGAAGUUCCUGGGUGCAACAAUGCAAGUUAGCUGCUUGUCAGAUCACCUCUUUAGAAAUCAGCCCGGCCACAUUUAGACAGUCAGUAAGGAAGCCCCACAGUGGUACAGGCCUUCCACCUGGAUUGAUCAGUCUUCCUUUUGACCCAGAUGGUACCAAAGGCUUUCAUAAUAGCAUUGGAAGAGGGAGAAUAGUUCUAAGACACUGAAUGGUAUUUAAAGUUAACACACUUGGGUGACUUGAGGCCAGGUCUCAAUUUAUGAUGGCCACUUGUCUCAUGGCACAAUAAAUGUAGGAUUUGUAAUGCAGUUUACAAGGAACUGAAGUCUGUACACAAACUAUCUUUUGAAUGUCUUACAUUUAUUGACACUUUCUUCCAGGGUAUGUUAAAGUUGAGGUACUCUGCUGCACAUUUCAACUUUGGGAGAGCAUGAUGCAAUUCCUAAACAAUUAGAAUAACAAUGUUAAGUAAACUAUUGUGACACAUGAUGUACAAAAAUUGGAAUAUAAUUGUGUACAAUGUACUUGAAGUAUCAUGGACCAGUUCAAAUUCCUCUUUGGAGGCUGGUGAACUAUCUAUUGUACUAUAGGAUUGAUCAGU